AUGCAGGCAGAGGUGAAAGCAAAGUGGUGGUGGAGCCUCGUUGCUAGAGAUGUGGAUAUAUUCAGAACUCUGACUACUACACACACUAAAGAGCCUGGUAAUGAUGGUUUGCAUUUCUACUUGAAUUCCCGGAUACAGUCUUCGGAGCCGAGACAGCCCCAAGGUCGGCAGCAGGAUAACCCCAAGUUAUAUCUCAACUUGCUGGAAAUGGAGUACAACGGGGACCUAAAGCAAAAUGAAGAGAACAUCCUUGUGUGCUUUGACAAAGCCAUCGGCGGUCCCUUGCCUAUAAAGAUGAGGAUUUUGUUUUCCCAGCGAAAAGUGGAAUUUCUUGAAGAUUUUGGUCUGGAUGUGAACAAGCUUUUGGCCGCCUACGAAGAACACCAAGCCCUCCUGAGGGAACAGGAGACUCUGAAAAGGAAAGCCGAGAAUGGGUAUGAAUUCGCGUGCUCUAGCAGAGGCCUCCUGGGCUGCAUGACUGCAGACUGCAUGUAA